GCCGUGAGACCAGCCUUACUUCGUCACCUGUAAGUCAAAACUGAAGGAAAAGCGUAUUUACGGUUCCAACAUUCCGUCCAACGGAGCAGAACAGACGCCAUGGCCAUCGGAAGUCUAUCCACAACUGUUCUCUUCCUCUCCACCAUCUUCUACAUGGUAUUAGGAGAUGAUGCGGUUGGGAAUUCAGGGCAGUACCCUCUAGUCGUGAGCACCUGGCCCUUCAUAGAAGCUGUUAAAGCUGCAUGGCGGGCUGUUGAUGGUGGGCUUUCUGCCGUGGACGCUGUUGUGGAGGGAUGUUCGACUUGUGAGGAGCUCAGAUGUGAUGGUACAGUAGGACCUGGUGGAAGUCCAGAUGAGAAUGGAGAAACUACAAUUGAUGCCAUGGUCAUGAAUGGGGUGACAAUGGAGGUUGGGGCUGUUGCUGCAAUGAGAUAUGUGAAAGAUGGCAUCAGAGCUGCAAGAUUAGUGAUGCAGCAUACAGAGCACACUUUGCUUGUUGGGGAGCAAGCAUCAGUCUUUGCCAUUUCAAUGGGUCUCCCUGGACCUACAAAUCUUAGUUCAUCAGAUUCCUUGGAGAAAUGGACUAAAUGGAAAGCAAAUCACUGCCAACCGAACUUUCGGAAAAAUGUUGUGCCUGUUGAUAGCUGUGGCCCUUAUCAUCCAAAGGGCAUAAUGGAUGUCAAUGAGGGGGAAUGUUCCAAAACCAACCUGAUGGGAGUUGCUGAACCAAGAUCAUCUCAUAUUGGUCCUCACAACCAUGACACCAUAUCGAUGGCUGUUAUUGAUAAAAUGGGGCGUGUAGCUGUUGGUGCAUCAACUAAUGGAGCCACAUAUAAGAUCCCUGGCAGAGUGGGUGAUGGACCAAUUGCAGGAUCUUCAGCAUAUGCUGACAGUGAUGUUGGUGCUUGUGGUGCAACCGGGGAUGGUGACAUCAUGAUGCGCUUCCUUCCAUGCUAUCAGGUUGUGGAGAGUAUGAGAUUGGGCGUGGAGCCAAGAAUUGCUGCCAAGGAUGCAAUAUCUCGGAUUGCAAGAAAAUUUCCAGAUUUUGUGGGAGCUGUGUUUGCCGUGAAUAAGAGUGGCGUGCAUGCUGGUGCUUGUCAUGGAUGGACAUUUCAGUACUCGGUGAGGAGUCCAGAAAUGGAUGAUGUGGAGGUUUUCACUGUAUUCCCCUGAACCAAAAGUAGGAACUCAUUGCAAACUAAUUUAAUUCUUCUGGAGAUCCAAUACCAUAAAUUUUGUCCAAUGUCAUUGUCUCGGUGCUUCUUUUUCAGAAAUUAUUUUGAUAAUUUUGUGCGCAUGUAUGAUGUUUCCAUACUUUUGACAAUUGGGAGAAUGUUGUGCAAAGGUCGUUAGCAUAUAUAAGAAAUGAUUGUAAUAUUGAAUUGUA